CUUGCCUGACCUCCCUGAAGAGUUCCAGCUCGGAGCAUAGAGGGGGAGAGAGGAGAGGCUGCAGAGGGAGCAGCACGGAGGCCGGAGAGCCAGAGCGGAGCUGAGGGACCCAAACACCGAGAGACCGCCGCGGCCGGAGCCGCUGCUGCUGCGGGGCCUGCGGGUCUGUCUGAUCGGAGGACGACUACCGCCGGUGCACACGCAAAAGCCCGGCGGACCCCGCGCCCACCCGGGCCCGGCUUCGGGUCCUGGUCCGUCCAUGCCGGAGAAGGAUCCGGAUCAGGGCUUGAGUCCAGCUGGAGGCGCGGCUGCGUCCGAAUAGAGCCGGGGAGAUGAGGCUAAGCUGGGGGGGCUGCGCGCUGCUGCUGCUGGGGGCUGUGUGUGCAGGUCUGAGUGGAGGCGGGGCCGGCGCCAUGGAGUGUUUGUAUUACAACGUGAACUACGAGGUGGAGAACACCAACCGGAGCGGGGUGGAGCGCUGCGAGGGCGAGGAGGACAAGCGCCUGCACUGCUACGCCUCCUGGAGGAACAACUCAGGAUCCAUCGAACUCGUGAAGAAAGGAUGCUGGCUGGAUGACUUCAACUGCUACGACCGGCAGGAGUGUGUAGCCACUGAGCAGAACCCUCAGGUCUUCUUUUGCUGCUGUGAAGGGAGCUUCUGCAACGAGAAGAUGACUCACCUGCCGGACCCCAGCAGACCAGUCAUUAAGGCUCCGCCCACCAGCAUCCAGGUGCUUAACAUGGUGAUCUACAGCCUGCUGCCCGUCUCCAUGCUGUCUGUGUUCCUGCUCGCCGCCGUCUGGAUGUACCGCCACCGGAAACCUCCGUACGGACACGUGGACGUCAGCGAGGACCCCAGCCCUCAACCUGCCUCCCCCCUGCUCACGCUCAAGCCUCUGCAGCUGCUGGAGAUCAAAGCCAGGGGGCGCUUCGGCUGCGUGUGGAAGGCGCAGCUGCUGAACGAGUUUGUGGCCGUCAAGGUGUUCCCCAUCCAGAACAAGGAGUCGUGGCAGAACGAGACGGAAGUCUUUCAGACGCCGGGCAUGAAACACCAGAACAUCCUGAAGUACAUCGGCGCCGAGCGGCGGGGGAACCAUCUGGAGGCGGAGCUUUGGAUCAUCACAGAGUUCCAUGAGAGGGGCUCGCUGUCGGACUUCCUGAAGGGAAACGUGGUCAGCUGGACUGAGAUGUGCCACAUCGCCGAGUCGAUGGCGUGCGGCCUGGCGUACCUCCACGAAGACCUCCCCCGGCUGAAGGGAGAGGGACACAAACCAGCCAUCGCUCACAGGGAUUUUAAGAGCAAGAACAUCAUCCUGCGCUCAGACCUGACCGCCGUCAUCGCAGACUUCGGCCUCGCUGUCCUCUUUGAGGCGGGGAAGCCUCCCGGGGAGACGCACGGCCAGGUGGGCACCCGGCGCUACAUGGCUCCAGAGGUUCUGGAGGGCGCCAUCAACUUUCAGAGAGACGCCUUUCUGCGCAUCGACAUGUACGCCGUGGGGCUGGUGCUGUGGGAGCUGGUGUCCCGCUGCAAGGCUGCUGACGGUCCGGUGGAUCAGUACCUGCUGCCAUUCGAGGAGGAGGUGGGUCAGCAUCCGUCUCUAGAGGACCUUCAGGAGGUCGUCGUCCACAAGAAGAUGAGGCCGGCCUUCAAGGAGCCGUGGCUCAAACACAGCGGUCUGGCCCAGAUCUGCGAGACGGUGGAGGAGUGCUGGGACCACGACGCUGAGGCCCGCCUGUCGGCCGGCUGCGUGGAGGAGAGAAUCUCCCAGAUCCGCCGGCUUCACACCACCCUCACCCCACCUACCUCUGACCUGGUCUCCACGACCGUCACUAUGGUGACCAACGUAGACCUGCCCCCCAAAGAAUCCAGCAUAUGAGGGGGAAGACUUCUUCAGUGGAGAAGCAAGAAACAGAACCUUGUCUUGUUCUGAGGACGGUUCCAGACGCUGGAACCUCAGCUGCUAUUUUUACGUCCGGACUCCAUGUUUGGUGGUUUUGUCAUCUCCUCUUCUCGUGUCUUCUCUCCGUCCUCUGGACAGUCGACCGGCACGUCCUCGGUCGUCUGCCUCACCGAACACAUCCAGGUCCGACUCAGUGAAUGAUCUCCUCUCCUCGUACCUCAGCAGUCUUCAUCUGGAGUCAGCCCUCCGACCCGACAUCAGGAGGCUCAUGUUUUUCUUUCUGAAGCUGCCAAGCCUCUGAGAAGACUGUUAGAGCGGACAGGAACUGAGCCUCUUUUCUUACCUUCCUGUUUUUACGGCUCUAACGCCGUCACAGACCCACCUCUGGGUUCGAAGAAGCGAGGAACGACGUCAGAGGGAGCGGCCGCCGUCUCUCUUCUGCGGUUCAGUCGUAGCCGACCUUCAGGGAGCGUUUUUUUCCUGAAACCCCAGAGGAGCAGCUUGUAGAAGUAUUAAGAUCUGGUCGGUUUUUGCUCGGCUGCAGCACGGACCGGUUUGGACGCAAAACUUCUCAGGUAACCAGGUCUGUGGGGUUGGAGAUGACGAGGAACGCCAGGAAGAGGCGGGGCCAGUGUGCUGGAAGUUAAUCUGAGGUGCUGGAAGUCUAACGGCUGUCUUGAACAUGUAGAUGUUCUCGGUGCGCUCAUGCGUUGAACUGCGGCGUGUUUGUCAGCGUGCAUGUGUGCGUGUGUCAGAGCGGUCGAUUGUCUGCUUAGGUUUCUGCCUUCGCGUCUCCUGGAGGUCUGUGACCUUUGACUUCUAACAGCGCCAUCCGCUGGUGGGGCUGCUUCACUGCUGAGGACACUUGAUUUUUAAAUUAUUGACGUUUUUCCGCUUCCUGGAAUGUAGCCUGCAGCGCCCCCUGGUGGCACAAAAUCCCACUCUUCUGGUGGAGAUGAUUGAAAGAAUCCAGACCCGGUUCUUACCAGAACCAGAACAGAACGUGCAGUGAGAAAGCCUUCAGAUCAGAACAGCUUAAUGAAGGUUUCUACCUCCUGGUCUUGCCGUUUUCUCUGCCCAUUCUGGAUGAAGUCAAAGGUCAUGUGACCUCCUGGAACUCCCUCUCUAACAGAGGCCACGCCCUCACCCUGAAAACAAACCUUCUGUGUCUUAGUGUAAGGAUGAAUGUCCAUGAUGCUGCUGACCGUGAUGAUGAAGAUGAAGUCAAAUGUUUCUACUGUCAGUUUCCUUUGCCUGCAUUAGGUCAUGUGACGUGAGGGGGCGGAGCCUCCUGGACGCACAAAUCACCUCAACAGCAGAAAUACCUCAGAAGACUUUUCUUCAAACCUCAGUUGUCAUUAUUUCCGUGGAGCUCGCUUCGGGCGUGAACGCGUCUCCUCACUGCUGACGAAGAACAAACCUCGGUGCUGCAGACGAAACCUUCACAUGUAACUGCCGGUGCGUUCCCGUCACCUGGGCCUUCAUCCUGCCCCCGCUCUCCUGGGCUUUGCCGUCACCUCGCACUUCCUGGCGUCUCCGUCUGCUCCGACCCCGCCGUUCACGUGUUCCCGACACCAGGAGCGCCUCAUUCUAACUUCAGGGGCGAGACGUUCCUGCAGACUUAUAGUUCAGGCUUUUCCGGAGCAGCUUUGGUCGCCAUGACGACAGCAUCACACAGGUUGUGACGUGAAGAAAAGUGGAACUCACUAAUGCAAAUGUGGCGCGAGUCCCACAACUUAAACAUUCCUCAUUCAAAAUGAACAGCAAAAACUGACUUUUGUAAACGAUUAUUUAUGGUAAACUAUUCAAUUUGUGUGAACAAAUCCACAAAUUCUGCAGUGUCCCCUCCUGUGUAAUGUGCAUUUACAACAACACCUUUCAUUUUCUGGCAGCCAAACAUUGAGGACAGAAGCUGAAUGUCUAUCUUAGAAAAUACUUAGAUCUACAAAGGAAUACACAAAACAAUGUGCUUUGAAGUAAAAUAACAUGAGAAAGUGUCAACUUUGGGGAUCUGGCGCCCUCUGCUGGAUUCCGCAGGAAAUUCAGGUAAAGCAAAAAGAACCGGACUGAUUUCCUAUGUAAGUAGCCCCGCCCACCUAAUUAGCAUAUAUAUAAUACCUACAAAAAGUAUGUUUUAAAUUAUUUUUUUAAAGUCUUUUAUGUCCUUUGUGUGUGACGGACUCAGAUGUCCAAAGUGCCAUAAACCCGCGCUGCGCUCGUGCACAGCAGAGCACGCGGAGCGAAGUUCCAGGUGGCAGGAAGGAGCUGAUCUCCACAAAAUAAAAGCCUGUGUUCAGGUGUUUCUGUGGCCGUCCAGCUUUUAUUUUGACCUCAGAGAUGUUCCUGAAGCUCACUUCAACAUUUGAUGUUCAGAUUCUAUAUUUUUAUUGAUUUUUUUUUUUUUUUUUUACGGUGCUGCUUUGUUUGUAGAGACGAGUUGUUAAUGUUAGACGUGUUAGAAGACAGUUGUGUGUUUGUGUGUCUGCGAGUGUGUUCUCACUAAAGUCAUGUUCCUGUUUUCACUCGGACCAGUGCUGUAUAUGAAUGAAUGAAUGUACUCCGUGCACACUUACACGCACGCAAACACAAACUGUUAGACUUGUGGUUGUAGAAUUCUUUCAGCUGAAUCUUUUUGUACACAGAAAUGAAGAAUAAAAGCUAUUUGAUCAUUUGAAAUUCAA